AUGCCUGUAUAUACAAUCAAAUGUGAUAAGAGAUAAAGAUAUGGACAUAAUUAUAUACAUAUUUUAGGGGGCAUACGGGGUGGAAUUAUAAUGAGCUUUUAAUACAGCAGUGUCUUCAUCUAAGAAGUGUACACAGCCUUGGUCAAUCACAAACAUAAUACAAGGCCACAUUUAAAUAAUGUUGUAUCAAAUAGAAUAAUUUGAUGAAUAUAGAAUAGAACACAUUGGAUCUGGACAUCGCUUGCGUUAAUUUGUAAUAUAAUAAAGUAUUAGGGAAGGAUUUUCUAUGAGUCAAAUUUACUCUCUAAUUUGUAGUUUCUCCGUAUGCUGUAUAUGUUAUAGAAGAAUAUGUGGCAUCAAAAUUUUCUAAUUACUUUCCAAAGUUUCUAUAAUUUAGGACAUCAUCAAGCUCUGUCUAUAGGUAAACAAUGGGGAUCACAACGAAAUCGUUUCUACUUUGUACUUUGGCAUCUGCCUCAUUUUAAUCACAUUCUGAAUUGUUUACACAGUGAGAUGAUUCUCACUAUUGUUUGUGAAAUUAAACUAUGUUUAGUGGAAGCCUGAAAGAGAAAGGUUAUCUCAAUGUCCAGUCUGGGUUAAUGGAAAGGAAGUGAUUGAUUGAAGCUGGAAAGAACUCUAAGUCGUACACAGUCUGAAAAAAAUGGACGUAGAAACUUUUUUUGAGCCUUCCACCCAGAUGUGAAAACUGGAUAUCCUUGAUGACAAUUGUGGAUAUUUCUUGUAUUUGUUUUCUCCAUUUCUCAUUCAAGUAGCUAUGGUUCCGUCCUCUGUUUAUCCAUUGCCAAGUAAUUGGGAAUCAAGACAAGUAAAACUUGAUUAUCUUUGA